AUGGCCAAGUACGACAUCAACAGUAAAGUGAAGCUCGCCUCUGGCUGGGAAAUUCCAGUGUUGGGCUACGGCGUGUACCAGACGCCCUCAGACGUCGCAGAAGAUGUCACCGAUCACGCGAUCAAGACGGGCUAUCGACACGUCGACUCCGCUACCGUCUAUCGCAACGAGGAGCCUUCUUCAGCUGGCAUGUUGAAGGCCGGCAUCCCGCGCGAUCAGCUGUACUUCACGUCCAAGGUCCCGCCCAAGGAAGUCAACUAUCAGGGUGCGAAGAAAUGCGUAGAUGAGAGCCUGAAGAAGACCGGACUUGACUACAUUGAUCUCUACCUUCUCCAUGCCCCGUAUGGCGGCAAGGAGGCCCGGCUUGGCGCAUGGCAAGGCCUCGUGGAGAAAGUGAACGAAGGCAAAGUCCGAAGCAUUGGUGUGAGCAACUAUGGCGUGCAUCAUCUCGAUGAACUAGAGAAGUGGCAAAAGCAACAAUCCAAGGAGAAAGCAGGCGUGCUCUCCGUCAACCAAGUCGAGCUCCACCCCUGGCUCGCGCGCCCCGACAUCGUGGAAUGGUGCGAGAAGAGAGGCGUGGUGCUAGAGGCAUAUUCGCCUCUCGUUCGCAGUCAGAGAAUGGACGAUCCCAUUCUUGCAAAACUGUCAAAGAAGCACAACAAGACACCCGCUCAGAUCCUCCUACGCUGGGGCCUGCAGAAAGGCUUCGUCAUCCUCCCCAAGAGCGUCACGAAGAAGCGCAUCGAGGAGAAUACACAGAUCUACGACUUCGAGCUGGACAAGGAGGAUAUGAAGACUCUGGAGACGGGCGCUUAUUCGCCGUCGGCUUGGGAUCCGACCAAAAGCCCGCUGAGUGAAUAA